UCGAUUGUCAGCCCUGGAUUGAGUGAGGGAUGAUUUGGAUGGAGAUGAAGGCGUUUGUGUCCUGUGUCGGGUUUUUGCUUUUAUUUGUGUGGCUUUCUCCAAGCCAGGCGCUAUAUUUCCACAUCGGAGAGACCGAGAAGAAAUGUUUUAUAGAAGAAAUACCCGAUGAGACCAUGGUUAUCGGGAGAUACAGAACUCAACUGUGGGACAAGCAGGCUGGCUCUUUUCUCCCAUCCACCCCUGGUUUAGGCAUGCAUGUGGAAAUCAAAGAUCCUGAAACCAAGGUCAUCCUGUCCCGUCAGUACGGCUCUGAUGGUCGUUUUACCUUCACCUCACACACACCAGGAGAGCAUCAAAUCUGCCUCCAUUCCAACUCCACCAAGAUGGCACUGUUUGCUGGUGGAAAACUGAGAGUCCACUUGGACAUUCAGGUGGGUGAACACACCAACAACUACCCAGAGAUCGCAGCCAAAGACAAACUGACAGAGCUGCAGCUGAGGGUCCGACAGCUCCUGGACCAGGUGGAGCAGAUCCAGAAAGAGCAGAACUACCAACGGUACCGCGAGGAGCGUUUCCGCAUGACGAGCGAGAGCACGAACCAGCGUGUUUUGUGGUGGUCCAUCGCUCAGACCGUCAUCCUCCUCAUCACCGGCAUCUGGCAAAUGAAGCACCUCAAGAGCUUCUUCGAGGCCAAAAAGCUGGUGUGAAAAACAGACAACAGUAGAAAGACAAUAACCCAAAUAACAUUCAUCGCCGUUUCGAUUCUCAAGCAUGGAAAAAAAUCCUCACUCCUUCAUUUCAGUGUUUUCUUUUUUAAAAAUCAGUUCGGUCCAAGUUUAGCUUGAGCAGGUACAUUUGGAUUCAGUGAUACCCAUAUAUCAUAAAAGAACCAUAAUCGUAAAUUCGUUAUGUCACGAAUGUUGCUCAAGUGUUCAUAUAACGAAGAAGUAGGAUAUAAAACAAAUGUUACGCCUUUUCAGUGAUGAUCAACAUGGGUGCAUGGAAACUACUGUUGACUUUAAGGUCGCAUUACCCAUAAAUGUGAAGAAUCAAGCCAGCUAAUAAUUUCUCACUAUUUUUAAUAUGUAUAUAUUGAAGACUUUGACAAAUCUGUGGCUUUGUUUUCAUGUUCUGGCCAUUUUUGGGAUCCAAACACCCUUAGAUAGGUUUCAGGUUGAGAUGAGAUUCAGGUUUUUUGACAGGAAAUGAUUUCAGCUAUUUGAUUGUAGCGUACACUGUAGCUGUUUAUCCACAAUUUUGGGAUUUUCUUAGUUUUUGACUUACAAGAUGUGAUUUUUGUUGUUCAUCCAUAAUUUAGGGAUUUUCUUACUUUGUGAUUUAGACAAUUGCUGUUGUUCUCGAUGUUCUGUUUGAUUAUUUAUUUUUCAGUGACCGGAUUUCAAAUAUUACUCCAAUAGGUACAUAUGAUGAGCAGGAAUGUCUGUAAUUUAAUCAAAAGGGUCAGUUUUGUUUGAGAUUAUAUGUUGUUUAUAGGAUCUUUGGAGAUUUUUUGUACUGGCUUCUUACAAAUACCGUUUAUAAACCUGCUGGUUUGCAUGACACAAUGACAAAAUCCUCCAUGUAAUGUGAAAUGUUGAAGGUUAUUUCUGUUAAUGCAGCUCUGUAUUGAUAGGUGUCAUUUGAGCUUUGUAAUAAUAAACUAUUUAUCUGUG